ACCGGUUCCUUCGCUCAUUUCCCCUGCGUCUCCACCGCUCUCUCUCCCUCACCACGGCUACAGGACGACACCGCCUUCGCUCGGUAACGCGCUUGGGUUUAUCCACUCGAUUCCACCGUCGGGUGCAGCAUGGAAUCCUGCGACGCAGCGCACCCCUACACCCUUAUCGGCGUUCUUCUCCGGCCGCCGACAUCGGCCCACGCUGGCGCCGCCGCCUGCCCCGGGCGAUUCUUCCGGGACUACACCUCCAGGGCCACCAACGCUCUCCUCUGGAUCGCCCUCAUCUCCGUCACAUCGCUUCUCUUUCGCCGACUCGCCAGGCUGGUACGGCUGUGGGUCCAAGGCAGCCGGAUCCCGGGCCCGCCCUCCAACCCCUUCCUUGCCCGCUCCAAGCUGAUCGCCGGGUGCGGAUCCCUGGGGAGCCUCACCGGUUAUCUGGCCGAGUUGCAUGAGACAUAUGGACCAAUUGUCAGACUUUGGCUUAGCCCAACUCAGCUUCUUGUGUCUGUCAAAGAUACUAUGCUUAUCAAAGAGAUGCUCAUAAAGGCAGAAGAUAAAUUGCCAUUGACUGGGCGGGCAUUCCAUUUGGCUUUUGGUAGAUCAAGCCUGUUUGUUUCUUCCUUUGAAAAGGUACGAAAGAGAAGAGAAUCUUUAGCAGAAUACAUGAAUGGGAAACUAGCUGUGGGAGCAAAUAAUAUUCCUCUGAAGGUUGUUGAAUGUGUCAUGGGCAGGGUUGAUACUAUUAUGGGUAAAGGUAUUCUUGAUUGUAUAUCGGUUUCUCGACAGUUGGCAUUUUACAUCCUCGGGAGCACACUCUUUGGAGAUGCAUUUUUGGAUUGGCCUAAAGCUGGUAUGUAUGAGGAGAUCCUCAUGACAAUUGCUAAGGAUGGUUGCUUCUGGGCUUCUUAUACAGUCCCUCCUUUCUGGAGUAGCACAUACUGGAAGUACCAACACAUGUGCAAGAGGUUAAAACACUUAACCAAAGACAUCAUCCAACAUUGUGUGGAAAGAUAUGACUUAUUAAGUCAAAUUCAUUACAAUUCUCACAAAGAAAACAAGGGUAACGAGAAGAAAACCAGAUUGGAUGCUCCAGUUCUGCUUGAUAAUGCAACUUCAGGUGGUCUAUUCCAGAAAGAGAUGGAGGAGUAUCUUAUUUCCAAAGAAGAACCAUGUGGGAAUAUUUUAGGCUUGAUGUUUCAUGGAUGUUUAGCUACUGCUAGUUUGAUUAGUAGCAUUCUGACCAGGCUUGUGCUGCAUCCUGAAUUGCAGGAGAAGUUGUACUCAGAGAUCAUAGAAGUUCGAGAGAAAACCUACAAGCUGGAUUCACAUGAUGUGCAAAAGAUGAAUUUACUGAUGGCUACAGUCCAUGAAUCAGCUCGGUUAUUGCCAGCAGGUCCGUUGCUUCAAAGAUGCUCACUUAAACAUGAUAUUUGUCUUAGUUCUGGUGUAACUGCACCAGCAGGGGCAAUUCUUGUUGUUCCUCUACAGCUGGUGCAGAUGGAUAAUGCUAUUUGGGGUAAGGAUGCCAGUCAAUUCAAUCCAUGUCGCUUCUUUUCGGAGGCCACAAACCAUAAAGGCAAGGAAUAUGAAGACUUUGGAGGAAGCCAUUUUUUUAGUGAGCCAAAGAAAAAGGCAGCUUUUCUUCCUUUUGGAUAUGGUACACGAGCAUGUGUUGGAGAGAAGUUUGCAACUCUUGGAAUUGCAACACUGAUUGCAUCUUUGCUUCAGAACUAUGAGAUAAGAUUUCAGCCGGGUCUGGACAAUGAUCCAAAGCCAAUAAUGAACGACUGCAUCCUUCAGCUUCUACCAAGCCCAAAGGUUGUCUUUGUGAAAAGAAGCAAGUGAAGGAGGAUACAGAAAAAGUAAGGGUUCGUCAUGAGCCUUAAUAUUAGAUACCAAGGAUAAGAAUUCAGGAAACCAGUGGACCCACUGAUGGUGAAACAAGCAACUUGACAAAGUUCAAUAUUUUUCCCUCUCAGUUUUUGACAGCUCCAGUGAUUGUUGCCAUUCCUUUUUAGUAGAUUGGAAUCACUUGGGAGUUGUUGACUCUGGAUGGUACCGUGUGCAGUUAUUUGGUGUUUCUUUUUUGCCUCCGGAAGGAGUUCGCUGUAACAAUGUGGCAAUGUGAUGUCGAUCAGACUGUGUUAAUAUAGAAAAAUAAGCGUGGUUAUCAUUAUGCUAAACUGCUUUCUGCAGAACUGGACAACCACUUCUUGUAAUGGCUUUUGAGUUAUGUCAAUUUCAGUUGUGAAA